ACACGACUGGUACUUUCAGGUUUAGCUCGGUCAGCAUGUCGUCUUCAGUGAUGGAUGGAGUUGGCAGAGCUAUGGUGGGAGUCUGGCGGGCACAUACGGUCCUGGAUGAGUCUGACGAGGCAGAGAGCUCCCCAGAAGCCCCUGACCGUUUCCGCAAGCUUCGCUCUUCGUCUUCACUCAACUCUCUGCGAAUGUCUUUGAGGAAGCGUCUCCCACUCCGUUCUGUCCAGGCCAACUCCCUUCCCGAAAAUCCAGCAUUGGAGCCCACAAAGGAGCAACCAAAACCCAGCGCAGUCCGCAAACUUACCCGCAGCGCUCGGAACUCCAUCACUGGAGUGUGUCAGAGGUGGCAGAAAACCAGAGAGUUUUCACGUGAGGAGUGUUUGGUUACGACCCCGGGGCGGAUAUGUGAAGGGGAAGAAGCUGAAGCGUCAGCUUUUCGCACACCAAAACGCACACCUGGCCGAGCUGCGACACCUAGACGCACCCCCAAACAAACUGCCACACCUGGGCGUACCCCAGGCUCUAGAGGGAGAAGGACUCCUGAGGCUGGUGUCCGUGGGGUGAGAACAGGUGGUGGCAGGAGACAGCUGGUCCGCAUGGCUGCAUUACGAAGUCCCUUUGCAUCCCCCAACACACAGAACCAGAGGCUGAAGUUUGACCAAGAUCUGGAGUCAGUUUCUAGUGGACUCAAGAGGCUCAAACAUCUGUCUAAGGCCUUGGAUGGCAUUAUUGGCAGAGACAACAGGCAGUCCAAGUAUUCCUUAAUUGUGGAUUAGGGAAGAAGAAGAAAGGAACGUUUUGGAGGAGCGGUGAUGAGAAAGCUGG